AUGAAGUUGAACGUUUUGCAUCGCAGAGAUGCAGACUACGUGGCCCAGGGUCCUCACGACCGGCCCAAGCCGAUGCGCAAUCUGGACCCCGCCCUGCAUCCGCUCCCAAGGCAACGGGAGUAUGUGCGAGCGGUCGUGGCGGCGAAGCUCAAGCGGAUGCAUGCUAAGCCCUUCAUCGCGGCUCUGGAGGGUCACACCGACUCGGUUGACUCCAUGUCCAUGAGCAGGAGGAGUUUGUGUGAUCUGUUCACGGGCAGCUGCAACGGGGAGAUCAUGAUGUGGAAUAUGCUGACUAAGCGCAAAGGGAACAUCAUAGGGACUCACGAGGGCUUUGUGAAAGGCCUGUGCACAAAUGGUGAUGGGACGCUGCUGUAUUCGUGCGGUCACGACAAGUACCUCAAGUGUUGGAAGGUGCCUACCAGCGGACCCAUUGAAGAUGAGGAGCCUGAUGAACAGGGAGAUGAUGCUGGGCAACAGCGCAGUGCCCACCUACAGGGUGCCAUAAGUGACGUAAAGGUUCGCACCACCCCGCCGCCGGAGGUAGGAGGGCCGUCAGAUGCACGUCGUUCCAUUUUGACACAGCCGGCUGGAUCAUUCCUAACCAAUUCCACCCUCAACGGGCUGGACCACCACUGGACCGAGAGUUUGCUAGCCACAGCCGGGGACUCGCUGGAGGUCUGGGAUGGCCAGCGAAGCGCGCCCAUCAUGAAAUUCGACUGGGAUUCCGAGGCCCUGUACUGCGUCAGGUUUAACUAUUCAGAUGUGAACCUGCUGGCCGCCGCGGCGGCCGAUAACUCGGUCGGGCUGUACGACAUACGGGCGAACUCUCCGCUGCGCAAGCUUGUGCUCCAGCAACGCACAAACGCCAUCUGCUGGAACCCGCAGAACCCGCUGCAUUUCACAAUCGCGAACGAAGACUCUAACCUGUACACCUUCGACAUGCGCCGGCUGCAGAGGGCGCUGUUGGUGCACAAGGGCUUCACUAACGCAGUAACUGAUGUGGACUACAGUCCAGCUGGAACGGAGUUCGUGGCCGCAUCGUUCGACAAGGGCGUGCGGCUCUUCAACCUCGAGGGCAAGAGUCGCGACGCGUACUACAACCGGCGGAUGCAGAACGUGCUGUCGUGCCGAUACUCUUUGGACGGCAAGUUCGUGUGCACGGGCAGCUCCGAUAUGUGCGUGCGCAUCUGGAAGUCCGAGGCCUCGCUGAAGCUCGGUCCGAUGAGCCACCGCGAGAGGGCCGCGUACAACUAUCGAAACGCUCUGCAAGAAAAAUUCGCCGAUCUGCCGGAAGUCAAGAGGAUACUGAAACCGAGGCACCAGCCUGCUCUGGUGGUCAAGCAGAGCAAGCUGCGGGAGGCGAAGGCCGCCGCGAAGCGCAGGAGGGACGUCAACCGAGCGCUACACUCCCGCGACGGAGAAAUUAUCCAGGAGAAGCGCAAGCCCAUCAUACGGCAAGUGGAAUAG